AGCCAAUCCCAGUAGUAAAAUAAACAUAUGUAAGUAUUAUUAUAAUUAUUAAAGUUGUUGAUAAUGCCCAUGUGGCUAAAUAAAACCUCUUGACAAGUCUCAAGUAUUUUAAUUUUAACCGUAACAGAAACCUAGUUUUCUAAAAUUUUAAAAAAUGGCAUCAACUCGUCGUGAAAAACGAGUUGUUCCAUCGACUAAAAAUAAUAAAUCACCACUGGUAUGGAUUAAAAAAGCCUCAUCAUCACUUAAUUUGCCAUACCUGCUGUCGUUUUUGACCGAUCCUAAAAAAAUUGCCUUCAUCGCCGGGGUCUUUGUGGUUCUCGAGAUCGCCCUCAACAUCCUGGUGAUCCACAACGUUCCAUAUACCGAAAUUGAUUGGCGAGCGUACAUGCAAGAAGUCGAAGGGUUCAUAAAUGGUACCUGGGAUUACUCUAAACUGAAAGGUGACACUGGACCACUAGUUUAUCCAGCAGGUUUUGUCUACGCUUAUUCACUUCUAUACUACGUAACAUCACACGGUCAAGAUAUACGAUCAGGUCAAUAUGUAUUUGCAUUACUCUACAUCGUACUGCUGAUCCAAGUGCUGAGAAUUUAUGCUAAGACUAAAAAAGUACCGCCAUAUGUUUUGAUAUUAAUAUUUUGUACGUCGUAUCGCGUUCAUUCGAUAUUUGUACUGCGUUUGUUCAAUGACUCUCUGGCGAUGAUAUUUUUAUUCGCGAGUUUAAAUGCGUUCCUGGAUGACCGCUGGUACUGGGGAAGUAUCAAUUUUAGUUUAGCGGUUUCUAUGAAAAUGAAUAUUCUACUGUUUUCCCCGGCACUAUUCAUUGCUUAUCUAUGCAACCUGGGGAUAUUUAAGACAAUUGUUCAGUUGGGAAUAUGCGGAGUCGUCCAGUUGAUUUUGGGACUGCCGUUUUUGAUAACGAACCCGUACGCGUAUAUCGCAGGCGCAUUUAAUUUUGCUCGUGUGUUUGACUAUAAGUGGACAGUUAACUGGCGAAUUAUUCCAGAAGAAUUGUUUGUCAAACCAACAUUUCAUAUGGCACUUCUGGGACUUCAUUUGGCGUGCAUUGUUUAUUUCAUACCUAGUUGGAUGACUUAUAUGAAGUGUUACGCAAAAUUAAAAGCCAUGGGACGUGAAUUAAAACCGCAAAUGAAAAAUAAAAAUACUCAGGUCAAUAUGUCGUCGGUUAGUCAAUUAUUUAUAUCCCCACUUUUCACGGCAAACUUUUUGGGAAUUAUAUUUAGUCGCUCGCUCCACUAUCAGUUUUAUCUGUGGUACUAUCACACGCUGCCGUACAUCGCCUGGUCGACCCAUUACUUGCCGGUCACGAGGAUUGUUAUUUUGGGAUUAAUUGAGCUGUGUUGGAAUGUUUAUCCGAGUACUGUUUGGAGCUCAGCGAUGUUACAUAUUUGUCAUUUAAUGCUACUCUAUGGGCUGUAUAGAAAUAAAGUUAAAAAUACUAAAUUUGAUUGAAUUUUAUGAUGAUAAAGUUAGCGGACAAUUAAUAAUUUUUUAAUUUUUAUUUUGCAACAAAUCAAUUACAAAAAAAGAAAAAAUCCAUAUGUAGAAAAUUUAAAAAACUAGAGGUGCAAUUUUUUCAAUUAAUUUUUUUUUUAUAAUUCAUCUAUUUUAAAAAAAUCCAAAAAUUAUUAGACGUCAGCUAAACUUAAGGUUCAUAAUUUUAUGAAUAAUCCUGAAGGUUGCAGACAAUAAACAAUUUUCGAAUUUUUUUUUUCAACAAUUUAAUUUACAAAAAAAAAAAAAAUAAAAAUAUGCACAUGUGAAAAAUUUAAAAAACUACUAGUGCAAUUUUUGCAAAUAUUUUUUUGUUAAAUUUACCGUUUUAAAAAAAAUUCAAAAACUGUCAAAUGUCUGCUAACUUCAGUGACAUAUUUUAUGAUGCCAAAGUUAGCAGACAAUUGACAAUUUUCGGACUAUUUUUUUUAAACGAAUAAAUUACAAAAAAUAAAAAUAUGCACGUGUAGAAAAUUUAAAAAACUAUAGGUGCAAUUUUUUCAAAUAUUUUUUUUUUAUAAUUCAUGUAUUUUUAAAAAAUCCAAUAAUUAUUAGACGUCAGCUAACUUAAGGUUCAUUAAAAUUUUUAGGUGAAAAAAUAAAAAAAUUUAAUUAAUUAAUUAAUGGAAAUUUAUAUUACGUUGCGACUCAAAAUUUUUCUACUCGAGUACAAAACUUUAAAAUUUAUA